UUUACUUCAACCAUCAGUACUGUUUUCACUCGCGUCUCAGUCUCACGCAUCUUGUACAACGUAACGCGAUACAAUCAAAUUUGAGAAAAAGAUAAUUCCUGCAAACGAAGUUGCGAAGAGAUCUUUAAAAUGUGCGAAGUGUCACGUAACGAACAUUACCAACGCGAUGUUAAGGACAUUCUACGUUUCAACCGCAACUUGUUAUCCGCACUCGGUGUUUGGCCAAAGUUUGACGGAAAACGGUCGAUUUGCGAGAAAAUUGGCAAAUUUUUGCGAAUCUCCAUUUCCUAUAUUCUACUUUAUUGCGCUCUCGUACCAGGUGCACUUUAUUGGAUAUUCGAGAAGAAAUUUCGCGCCCGACUUCGGGUGACUCCAAUUAUGCUUUACGGUAUCAUGACUCUCAUCAAAUAUUACAAUUUAAUUGUCAAUGAGGUUCAGAUCAAGCGCUGUUUGAAAUAUUUCGAAGAGGAUUGGAAAAACGUCGACAGCACGAAGAAGCGAGACACAAUGCUCGAAUCUGCGAGAACCGGAAAACGUUUGGUCACAAUUUGCGCAGUCUUUUUGUAUAGCAGUGGACUUUCGUUUCGAACAUUGAUGCCCUUGUCUAAAGGGAAGAUUAUCACUCCACAAAACACUACGAUCAGACCUUUACCUUAUCCAACUUAUCUUUUUUCAUUCGAUGUACAAUCCAGUCCGACCUACGAAAUGGUGUUUGCGUUGCAUUGUUUGUCCGGGGUAGUCACUAUAUCGAUCGCGACAAGUAUAUAUGGCCUCAUCAUCGUCUUCGUAAUGCAUACUUGCGGCCAGCUGAAAGUUUUGAUGGAUCUGAUAAAGAGCCUUGUCGAAAAACAACAACGAGAUGAGCUAAAAGUAAACAAGAAACUAGGUGUUAUUGUCAACCAUCAAACACGAAUACGUAGCUUUUUGCAAUUGGUAGAAAGCACUCUUCAGCAGAUUUGUUUUAUAGAAAUAACAGGGGCCACAGUAAUAAUUUGCAUUCUAAGCUACUGUAUAUUAAUGGAAUGGGAAAAUAGUAAUUCAUUAGCAAUGUGCUCUUACUUUAUUUCGCUUACAGCUAUGAUAAUAAAUAUGUUCUUAUUCUGUUAUACAGGCGAACAGCUUAUCACACAGGCGGAGAAGGUGGCAGUCACAUCUUGUGAACUCGAGUGGUAUCGUCUUCCCGAUAAAAAGGCUCGCGGAAUCGUCUUAGUGAUGAUUAUAUCUAAUAUGCCAAUGAGAAUCACUGCUGGCAAACUCAUCGUUCUGUCGUUCAAAACAUUUGGUGAUGUAAGGGAAUAAAUUCGGGUAACUCGCGUUCGACUUCGUUUGAUUCCGCUUAUGCUCUAUGGUCUCAUGAGUUUAAUCAAAUAUUAUGUUUUGAUAAAUCAUGAAGAUCAAAUCAGCCGCUGUGUAAAGUUCCUCGAAGAGGAUUGGAAAAAGGUCGACAACGCGGGCGCAAGGAACACCAUGUUAAAAUUUGCGAAGAUGGGAAAGCGUUUGACUACGAUUAGUGCAAUCUUUUUAUACAGCAGUGGACUUGUGUUUCGAACGUUGAUACCCUUGUCCAGAGGGAAAAUCGUAACCCCACAAAACAUUACGAUCAGACCUUUACCCUAUCCAACUUAUUUCUUUUAUUUCGAUGAUCAAUGCAAUCUGAUCUACUAUGGGUUGGUAUAUGCAUUGCAUUGUGUGUCCGGGAUAAUCACUAUGUCGAUCGCGACAAGUAUAUAUGGUCUCAUCAUCGUCUUCGUAAUGCAUGCUUGCGGCCAGCUGAAAAUUUUAGUAAAUUUGCUAAAAGAUCUCGUUGAAAAGGAAAAACAAGACGGAUUUGAGGUGAAUAAAAAACUAGGUAUUGUUGUAGAGCAUCAAGUGCGAAUACGCAGCUUUCUGCAGCUGGUGGAGGGUACUCUUCAUGUUAUGAUUUUUAUGGAGAUAUUAGGGAUGAGAAUAACAAUUUGUGUUAUGAGCUACUGCAUAAUAAUGGAAUGGCAAGAUAGUAAUUCAGUAGCAAUGGGCUCUUAUAUUGUUUCGCUUGCAGCUAUGAUAAUAAAUAUGUUUCUGUUCUGUUAUACGGGCGAACAGCUUAUCACACAGGCGGAGAAGGUAGCAGUCACAUCUUGUGAACUCGAGUGGUAUCGUCUUCCCGAUACGAAGGCUCGCGGAAUCGUCUUAGUGAUGAUUAUAUCUAACAUGCCAAUAAGAAUCACUGCUGGCACACAAAUCGUCCUGUCAUUCUCAACAUUUAGUGAUAUUCUAAAAACAUCUGCUGCAUAUUUUAAUAUACUUCGAAGUGUAACCAGUUAAAUGCGCUUCUGUAAUCGAGAGUAUAAUGGGAGAAUGAGAAUAUGAAAGACGUACGGAAAAUGAAAGAUGAAAAUAUUAUAUUAAACAAUUAUCUAGUCAUCAAAACGUAUGUGACAUUUGAAAAUUGCCAGCCAAAAUGAAUUUUUCACGAAAUAAGCGAAAAAUUCAAUUACUGUUUAAAAAUAAUAUCUGUAGC